UGAGUUUUUGUUUUGGAGACCAUUUUGCUCUAUUUUAUACUUUUUGGACUGAAGAUUUUCUGUUUUGUAAGUUUAUUUCAAGCAAAUUUCUUUAUUUCUCUUUUUGCUUUUUUUGUUACUGUUUCUUAUUAGGUUCAAGUACCUUCUGUGGCUCAGUGAUAGAUUUUAAGACUCUGUCACCAGAGACCCAAGUUUGAUCCACAGUUCUGACAACUACAAACGUCAUUAAGUUGAUUCAACUUUUUUUUUUUUUUUUUUUUUAGAUUAUUCAUUUUAGGAGAUGAAUAAGUCAAAUAAAAUGAUAAUUAAAAACAAUGAAAAGCAACCUGACAAUUUUUUUUUUGGUGCUAAGAAAAACAACCAAAAAUAAAAAAUCUGCAUCUUGCCAGAUUUGUUUAGUAAAUCAGACUUGACCUGAGAGCUGUGCACAGAAAAGCAAUUCUGGAGGUCCUGUGAUGUGUGAAAUAUAUUCAGCAAAGGUGGAGACUUGAGCUGCUAAGAGAAACUCAAAUAAAAAGGAUUAUCUGCGGUAGAAGAGAGAGCAGAAGGUGAAAAUCACCUCCUUGGCAUAUUUUAUCACACUUAUCUGGUUAUUGGUCUUUAUAAAGCAAGAUGGAGGAACUUUCUUGUCUGUUCUUACUUUUGGGUGUCUUUUCCAUUCAGGGGAGUUCAGAAAACUUGGAAGAGAAUUUGGCAUUAAAAGGAACAGCUGUACAGUCAAGCACAUAUUAUACUUGGGGAGCUUCAAACGCCAUUGACGGCAUCAGAUACACUCCAGGUUUAGCCUCAAGCUGCUCCAUCACAGGAUAUGAGCUCAACCCGUGGUGGAGGCUGGACCUGCUGGAUUCUUACUACAUUUACAACGUGACCGUCACCAACAGAGGCGACGGCUGGCUGCAUGAAACGGCUGGAGUUGAGAUCCGCAUCGGAAACUCUCUGGAAAACAACGGCAACAACAAUCCCAGGUGA